CAGGUUGAUAGGCAGAUGUGCACCAGGAGACUUCAGAAGCAAGAGACCCACUGGCGUUUAUGGAGGAUAGACUUCAAGAUUAAAACCGUUGAAUUGCAAGGAAAGAAGAUCAAGCUACAGAUAUGGGACACAGCAGGGCAAGAGCGAUUUCACACCAUCACCACCUCCUAUUACAGAGGUGCCAUGGGAAUCAUGCUAGUAUAUGACAUCACCAAUGCCAAGAGCUUUGAAAACAUCAGCAAGUGGCUCAGAAACAUAGAUGAGCAUGCCAAUGAAGAUGUGGAGAGGAUGCUGUUAGGAAACAAGUGUGACAUGGAAGAUAAAAGAGUCGUUCCUAAAGCAAAAGGUGAACAGAUUGCUAGGGAGCACGGUAUUAGGUUUUUCGAAACUAGUGCAAAAGCAAAUAUAAACAUUGAGAAGGCAUUCCUCACAUUAGCAGAAGACAUUCUUCGAAAGACGCCUGUAAAAGAGCCCAACAGCGAAAAUGUAGAUAUCAGCAGUGGAGGUGGGGUGACGGGCUGGAAGAGCAAGUGUUGCUGAACGUUCUCCUUUAUCACCAAUCGCCAUCCACCGCCUCUUUUUUCUCGCUGCAAAACAAACCACUCUGUCCGUUUUUAACCUUAAGCCAAUGUUUUUGUUCCUCAUCUUAACGAGCUCCUGUCUCCCUUUUGUUCUCCCACGUAGGACAGCUUGUGUGCUUAUAAUUUCCUCAACGUGUGUAGGAAAAUCAUCUCCGUGACUUCAUGUUUUUAUUUUUUUUUACUGUACCUGCUCCACUCACCACUACGUUUUGGUUGUAUGAUAGCCCCGCUCCUUCCGCCAUUAAAACAUAGAGUAAUCGUAUAUUCGACUCUCUUCUGCAAAUGGUAUAAGAAUAAAAGCUAGAAUUAACGAUUCCUUUUGUACAACAGUGGAAUUUUCUGUCCUGGAUAACGUGCUCGAGUCACCGUGUUCAUUUAGAUGCAGCAGCAAAAGAGCCAGGAAAACACUCAACGUUCGCCUUUGAGUGUGUGAAUGGGGUUUCUUUUGUCCUGUGCCUUACGUGGAAAGGAACUUUUUAUUUUCACUUUGAUUUCCCUUCUGGUGGAAGCAUGUGCAGGGGAGACACGGCAUCCAUCCCUGACCAUUUCCAAGUACCCAGCUCUUUUGUGAUUGCUUUCUGUAACCGUUGGUGUCAUGCAUCGAGGACAAAGGGUGGUGCAAAAAAAAACAAACAAAGCAACUACUACUACUGCUACUGCUACUACUGCUGCUCCAUUGAACGCGCCGCGUCUCCUUUUGGCGAUCUGGCCAUUCGGAACCGUUCCUGCUGCCGUUUUCUUUUCUCACUCGCAGCUCUUUCCUUUUUGCCUGCAUGCCGCUUUGAUUUGCUUUCCUCCAUGGUGUGAUGUGUUAAUUAAAAAGGAUGGCAACGUGGUAUGUUUGCCAAAAAAACUUAAUACAAAGCACUGAGUUAGCUUUCGAGGUAAGAUGUUGACGAUACCUACUAAUUUCCCUCUAGCCAAUGUCAGUUCACUAGUAUAUCCUCUCUCCUCCUGCAUAGCCGUUGGGUUUUAUGAUAUGGAAGAGUUAUUUGCAUGCACUAGUUUUCUAUGGAGGGUGAUGUGGUUGUCUACUUUAUGUGUAUGAAUAUAACACGCGAUUCCCAAACUGACAGCGUUUUAACGUGAACUUCUUCAGUUCUCUCUCACCGUGAGCCGCUCCAACAACGAGCUGUUGGGUAGCCGAGCACGAGGCCGAGUCCAGCUAGGUUAGAAAGGAAGAAAUAGCAACAAAAACUGAGACAAAAGUCGGCAGUUUAAUUUAUUACCUCCCCCUUCCCUCCCCCCCAAAACCUUCCACUUCCCGAGCCUCGCGUUCCUCUCCAAGCUCACUCUGGUCUGGUUGAGUUUUGGACUUUCUCCAGUCUCGAUGACGCCGUGGGUAAACGCUGGUUGAAUUUUAACACGAUGACGGUGUUUGAACGCGGAGAUCCCAGUUCUGAGAGCCGCCUCCCAUGUAGGGAUGUGGUCCCUGUCCCCAUUAGGCUCCACCUUCCUCCUAAACUGCACUUUCAAACAUUAUAUCAAAAGGGAAAACGGAGCAAACAGACACCUUGUCGUCGUCGUCGUUGUUUUUUCUUUGAUAGAUAACCUUGCUUUGAAACGUGAGCUUUUUAUUUGCUCCUGGGGCUUGGCUCCUUCUGCGUCAACCCAUCGGGACCCCCCUGUUGUAGGCGCUGUGCUGGCGGCUCCCACCCCUCACACCCAACCUCGGCAUCGCCGUGACCUCGGCCGAGUCUUUAAACCCAAACAUCUCUACAGGUUCUGCUUCCCUCUGUGCAAAGAUACCUGAACGUUGCCCGUGUGGCUUUGGCUUGGCUUGGCCUUUAGUGGAGCGCGAGGCCCAGCCGAGGAGGAGCGAGCGACCAGAGUCAGUUCAGAUGCUAAAAACACACCAGAUAACGGCGAUGAUCUUUAGGUUAAACCGCUUUAGCGUUAACUACGGCCUGGAGGUGGGGGUAAGGGGCAAAGCCAGCCUGGGGGCUGCUCCUUCUGGGCACGGCUCACUUAAUUCAAUUGGUCCCGAUGAACCGAACCCCCUGAAGCUGAUGGGUUGGUUGUGUGAGCGCCUCGAGCAGGUGGGGCCGGGCUGGAAGCCGCGCUUCAUCCCAUUACAUUUGAUGGUGGGAAAGAGAAACAGAAACAGCAUCGACUUCAGGUCUAGGAAUUAAACUCCCAUGCCUACAAUUUUUUUACUUAAUCUUUUAAUAUUUUUGCUACUCCACUCUGGCUUUUUAUUUAAAACACAUUCUUUUGUACCACUUAACUGUAUCAAAUUGUAUAAAAGAUCACUGUCCCAUUCUUGGUCAUACCAAGAGCAAAUAAAAGCUUUUAUAAACUU